UGUUCAAUUUACUGACCAGAAGCGGUUUAAACAGUUUGUUUCCCAAAGCAAGGCACGAUUGGAGGCCCGAAUAAGAGGCAGUGGUCAUGGUAUUGCGGCUGCGAGGAUGGAUGCGAAGUUAAAUGUUGCAGGGUGGGUUGGUGAACAAAUGGGUGGCGCCAGUUUCUUGGAGUUUCUAAAGGAUCUUGGAAAGAAAGUUGAUGAGGACUGGGAUGGAGUCUCUUCAUCUCUUGAGGAGAUCCGCAGGACCUUAAUUUCAAGGAAUGGUUGCUUAAUAAAUUUGACUGCUGAUGGGAAAAACCUUACAAACUCGGUGAAAUUUGUUAGCAAGUUUCUUGACUUGCUUCCAAGCACUUCUCCUGUUAAAUCAGCUUCUUGGAAUGCUCUGCUUCCUUUAACCAAUGAAGCCAUCAUCAUACCUACUCAGGUCAAUUAUGUUGGAAAAGCGGCUAACAUUUACGACACUGGUUAUGAGCUUAAUGGGAGUGCAUAUGUAAUCUCAAAACACAUCAGUAACACAUGGCUGUGGGACCGUGUACGUGUUAGUGGUGGAGCUUACGGAGGCUUCUGUGAUUUUGACACUCACUCAGGGGUCUUCUCCUUCUUAUCUUAUCGGGACCCCAACCUGUUGAAGACACUUGAUGUAUAUAAUGCAACCGGUGAUUUUCUGCGAGAUUUGGAAAUGGACAAUGAUACUCUCACAAAAGCAAUUAUUGGGACCAUUGGAGAUGUGGAUUCAUACCAGCUACCAGAUGCUAAAGGAUAUAGUAGUUUGUUGCGAUACUUGCUUGGAAUCACGGAAGAAGAGAGGCAAAAGAGGCGUGAAGAGAUAUUAUCAACCAACUUGAAUGACUUCAAGGAAUUUGCGGACGCAAUUGAUGCAGUAAAAAAUAAAGGGGUUGUGGUUGCUGUGGCAUCUCCAGAAGAUGUUGAAGCUGCAAACAAGGAGCGCUCCAACUUCCUCGAAGUGAAAAAUGUCCUUGAUUAAGACCCCCCAAAGAAGACUAUAAAGACAACCGAUUCUCUUAUUUCUAUCCUCACAGCAGGAAAGCAUUUUUGCAGCUUCAAUCUAUACUUUGAAUCAGGUAUUACUGAACUAAAUUCAUCUUCUUUUAAGGUAUAGGGUACCCAUUUCAUUUACAACUAAAUGGGAAAUUGAGGAAAUGUUUUAGCUUUCCUUUCCUCAUGUACAAUAUUACCAAUUGGUGCUGAACCUCACAAUUUGCUAAUGCAGUUCCUUUCCAGUUCUAUUGCAUUGUAACCUCAGCACUCUUUAGACCAUUCACGUAUUGUUUAUUAAUGGAUGAUAUUCGUAGAUA